ACAAGUAUGGUGCCGUGUUUACAGAUGCACAUCAUACAGUCAACAAAGGACUUUUGGUUUUGGCAACACGACUCGAAUUUUUAGUCGCGACGUUGAGGGCCACCAGAGUGGAAGAUGUAGUUCCUCAACAAACUGCCUCAGGAGUUGGAGUUGACUGAAUGAGGCAGUUUUGAUAACCAAGUUACAGCUUAAUUUAACACCUACUAAUACUACUACUGUCAAAAAUAACAAUAAUACAUUGAUCUGCUGAGACGACGUAAGGACUGCACCUAAUUGUGAUGCCUACCUGCAACUCUGUCGGCAGAGAUCCGGUUUUUCCGGAGCGGUUUUAACUCGGCAGCGUCGCUGCACCGAAGGCCACGAUGUCGGAUCCGAGUCAGUGGUCUGCGUUGGCGAGCCAGACCAAGUCUCAUUUUGUUACGGGAGCGUUACUGAAACGCUCUAAAAGCUGCCGCAGUAGUAACAGGAAGAGCCUCGGUGUCGGGACUCCAUCUCCCACUCGGCCACUCUCCCCCCUGUCCAUCCACACCGCUGCAAGCAGCCCACUAGACAGCCCUCGAAAUGCAUCUACCAGCACCUCCCUCAAUUUCCCAUUUGCCCGAAGGGCAGAGGGCCGGAGAUGGUCCCUGGCAUCCCUCCCCUCGUCUGGCUAUGGAACCAACCCGCCGAGCUCCACCGUCUCAUCAUCCUCCUCCUCCCAGGAGCGCCUUCACCAGCUUCCCUACCAGCCCACUCAGGACGAGCUGCACUUCCUCUUCAAACACUUUCGCAGCUCGGAGAGCGUGACUGACGAGGAUGGGCGGCCCUCAACCUUCAUACGGCCGAGAUCGCGGAGUCUCAGCCCCGGACGAGCGAGUGGCUCCUUUGAUUAUGAGGUAGUCAUGAUGAACCAUGUUUACAGAGAGCGGUUUCCAAAGGCCACAGCCCAGAUGGAGGAGCGCUUGUUGGAGUUCAUCACCCACUGCUCCCCAGACAGUUCCCUCCGGCUGGCCGACGGCGUCCUGGGCUUCAUCCAGCACCAGCUGGUGGAACUGGUCAGAGACUGCUUGGACAAAUCCCAAAAGGGUCUAGUGACCUCGCGCUACUUCGCCGAGCUGCAGGAGAACCUAGAGAAGCUGCUUCAUGAGGCCUUUGAUCGCUCCGAGAGCGAGGAGGUGACAGUCAUCACACAGCUGGUGAGGAAGAUCCUCAUCAUCAUUUCCAGGCCGGCGCGGCUCCUCGAGUGCCUGGAGUUUGACCCAGAAGAGUUUUAUCAUUUGCUGGAGGCAGCAGAGGGUCACGCCAAGGUCGGCCAGGGCAUCAAAACGGACAUUCCACGAUACAUCAUCAAUCAGCUGGGUCUGACUCGGGACCUGCUUGAGGACAUGGUGCAGCUGGAACAGUACGAGGCCAGCCCAUCACUGUCUGUGGAAUCUGAUGUUAAUGCAGAGAGGUGCCCUCAGACACUGACCCCAACCAGACGGAAAUCCCAAGAGAGCGAUUUUGAAACCAUCAAACUCAUCAGCAACGGGGCUUAUGGGGCUGUGUACCUAGUCCGCCACAAGGAGACCCGGCAACGUUUCGCCAUGAAAAAGAUCAACCGCCAGAACCUGGUGCUGAGGAACCAGAUCCAGCAGGCAUUUGUGGAGCGAGAUAUCCUCACCUUUGCAGAGAACCCUUUUGUCGUCUCAAUGUUUUGCUCCUUUGAGACGCGACGGCACCUCUGCAUGGUGAUGGAAUAUGUAGAAGGUGGAGACUGUGCUAACCUGCUGAAGAACAUGGGCCCACUGCCUGUGGAAAUGACAAGGAUGUACUUUGCUGAAACUGUUCUGGCUCUUGAGUACCUUCAUAACUAUGGCAUUGUGCACAGGGACCUCAAACCUGACAACUUAUUGAUCACGUCCAUGGGCCAUAUAAAGUUGACUGACUUUGGCCUGUCCAAAAUUGGUCUGAUGAACAUGACCACCAACCUCUAUGAGGAUCACAUGGAGAAGGACACCAGAGAGUUUGUAGACAAACAGGUGUGUGGCACCCCAGAGUAUAUAGCCCCAGAGGUGAUCCUCAGGCAGGGCUAUGGGAAGCCAGUGGACUGGUGGGCCAUGGGCAUCAUCCUCUACGAGUUCCUGGUCGGCUGUGUGCCGUUCUUCGGAGAAACACCCGAGGAAUUGUUUGGACAGGUUGUCAGUGAUGACAUCAUAUGGCCAGACGGAGAUGAUGCCUUACCUGCUGAUGCCCAGGACAUGAUCACCCGCCUGCUGAGUCAGAGCCCUCUGGAUCGACUGGGAACGGGUGGUGCCGCAGAGGUCAAACAGCAUUCCUUUUUCCUGUGUCUGGACUGGAAUGGCCUCCUGCGUCAAAAGGCUGAGUUUAUCCCUCAGCUGGAGGCAGAGGACGACACAAGCUACUUUGAUACCCGUUCAGAUCGUUACCACCAUCUAGCCUCUGAUGAGGACGAGGACGAGGAAACCAACGAUGAAGAGUCUUCCCUAGAAAUCAGACAGUUUUCUUCCUGGUCAAAUCGUUUCAGCAAGGUGUACAGCAGCACAGAGCACCUGCCGACGCCUUCUAACCUGAGCUUCUCAUCCGACCGCAGCCACAGCGAAGACAAGGAGGACCGCUGGGAUGGUGGACACCUUGUCCCCUCCCCAAGCAUCGGGGAGCACCAGAGGCAGGGAAGCAUUGAGCACAGGCGCCACAGCCACAUGGGCAGCCUAUGCCUGCGAGCUUCCUCCAGUUCCUCCCAGUCAGAGAGGAGUGCCAGCCCUCUGGUGAUGAGCAGCACCCACAGUCUCGAGACCAUGCCCCGUUUUGCUAUCUCCACCGAUGACGAGGCUGAAGUGGUCGUGUCCAAUCUGCGAAGAAUCAGGAUCCGCAGCAACAGCACUGGAGCCAAACACUCAUCCCCGAAAGACUCAGCUGGUCCCCGGCGCUUUGGGAACCAGCUGGAGACACCAGACAGACAAAGACCUUCCUGCAGCGGGAAGAUCCCCAAGUCGGCCUCCGUUUCAGCCUUGUCUCUCGUCAUCACCACUGACGACUCACCCGGUGGUCUUCAGGCCAGUCCCAUCUCUCCCCAUUCGCUGUCCUCCAACCCCUCGUCCCGCGACUCCUCCCCAAGCCGGGACCUGUCGCUCAGCCUGAGGCCGCCCAUCGUGGUCCACACAUCAGGAAAGAAGUAUGGCUUCACCCUUCAGGCCAUCCGCGUCUACAUGGGUGACAGCGACAUCUACACAGUGCAUCACAUGGUCUCGACUGUGGAGGAGGGAAGCCCUGCACAUGACGCUGGACUCAGAGCAGGUGACCUCAUCACCCACGUCAAUGGAGAGUCUGUCCAAGGCCUCGUCCACCCAGAGAUGAUAGAGCUGCUGCUGAAGAGUGGCAGCAAGGUGGUGCUCCAGACCACAGCACUUGAAAACACAUCAAUAAAAGUUGGUCCGGCUCGAAAGACCAAUCACAAAGGCAAGAUGGCCCGCCGCAGCAAGAAGAGCAGGAGGAGAGAAAACCAUGACAGGAGGAGGAGUAUCUUGAAGAAGCUCUCUAAGCAGAGCACGGUGAUGCACAGCAGUCGCAGCAUCUCCUCUGGGCUCCACCACUCAGUCUCCUCCAGCGAGAGCCUGCCGGGCUCCCCAACGCACAGCCUGUCCCCUGGACCCUCCACCCCGUGCCGCAGCCCCGCGCCAGACCACCAGUCCGCAGACAUAAACUCCCCUCAGACCGCAUCUCCCUGCUCCAGUUCCCCCAGCUCCCCAGCGGCACACAUCCGGCCCAGCUCUCUCCAUGGCCUGAGCUCCAAGCUCAGCACGCAGCGCUACACCAAGGUUGGCCGCCGUAAGUCCACUAGCAGCAUCCCGCCAUCACCCCUGGCAUGCACGUCAUCCUCCAGCCAGCCCCUGUCUCCUCAGCGCUCCCCAUCCCCAUUGCCCGGCAUUACCAAAACCAUCCAGGCCUACCAUGGCAAGACUCUGUCACCGCCCACUAUUGUCCGGCAUAUGGUGCGCCCCUGCAGCGCUGAGUCACCCCGAUCGCCCCUGCUCAAGAGGGUGCAGUCGGCCGAGAAGCUGCCCGGCGUGUACCUUGUGGAUAAGAAGUCCUACGCCCCUCGCAGGCACACGCUGGAAGUGCCGUUGCAUGGCGAGGGAGAUCUGCUGGGUGACUGUGAGAUAGAGGGGACCUGUGGAGGGGACCACAGUAGGCUGGGGGGCUACUUUGGCAGUGGACAGAGGCUGAGGGACUUAGCGCUGGAGAGAUCGGAGCAGCUGGUCGUGAUGCGUAAGCUCAACCUGUCAGAGCGUCGUGACUCCUUCAAGAAGCAGGAGGCAGUGCAGGAGGUGAGCUUCGAUGAGCCGGAGGAGAAGACCGGUCCCACGGUGACCGUCACCAGCCCCAGCACCGGAGCCAAACCCCCACUUCAGCAGCAACGGCAAUACAGGGCAGCGUGGAUUGUCACUCAGCCCCAGUCCAGCGAGGAGGUGGUGCCGGUAGUGCGGAGGUUUACACUGGUGCCCCAGAUCGCUGUGCAGGGCUCCACAGAGAGUGAGGAGCAGGACGAGUGGGAGCCGUGUUCAGAUGGAGAGGAGGACACCAGCGAGAUGCCUGAACCUGGAAGUGGCGGCGACUCGGUCCUGCUGCAGGCAGUACUUCCUCCCACUGAGAACGCCCCCAGCAGGCGAACUGAGGCGACUGGCACUGCUCCUCCAGACUGGACAGCAACAGAUAUAAUGCAGUGUGACAAAGAAUCCCCACAGAAAGGGCAGCUAAAUAAGUGACAGCUCAUCAUUAGAGUCACUGGUAAUGAGCACUGGCAUAUCAUUUAAAAAAAAAAAAAAACAUCCCCAUACUUAUUGCUGAUGGGAAUCUAGGUGGCCAAAAAUGUCUCAGUCUGAGAUGAAGGGAAGAUGAUUUCGUAAGCUCACAUACAGUCUCAUUUGGUUGCUUUAAGGAAAUAGUUUUACUUGAAAGUAUUUAGUUUAUUUUUUGAGUGUAUAUAUUUGACUCCGGACAUUGAAGACUUAAUGCAUUUCUUAUUUAUUGCAUUCAUAAGCUAAGAUUAAUUGUUCAAAGGACAAACAAGAGACACGCUGAAACAUGUUUUGUAUUCAUGUGGUUUUCAGAUCUUUUGACUGGGUUUUCCUAUAAAUGUCUAUUUUCUAGAAAAAUUGUCAUGGUACAGAGUAGUUUGAUAAUGGUGGCCAUAAUUGUCUAAGGACCAAAAGGCUCGGGUCAUUUUUGGAGAAAGAAUUCUUCUGUGAUUUUUUUUGAAACAAAAAAAGUAUAUGUGUCACUUUCUAUUCAGAUUUGGGAAGCACAGCUUCCAACAAUGUAAUACUGCCAAGAGCUUGAUCUACAAAGAAGCCACGAACAAGGGCCUCUCAUAUCAUCCAUUUGGAAGCAAUCAUUGUAGGAUUAUAUUGCAACACACUGAUAAACCACUUGGACGUGACCUACUACAGUCUAUUUUAUCAGACUGACCUGAAGACAGUUUACAGCCAACUGAAAAAGGGGUAUUAUGUGCCAUGAUAUCAGAGUACUGGUUCUUCAAGCCAUAUCUUUUAGGACACUAACAUGUCUGUUGAAAAUUCUUUAUUUUAUGGCUUGCUAUCUCAACUGUUUACACUAUAAUUGGCAGAUGCGUCACUGUUUGAGGCAUUGUAAUCUUGUUAUCUCAUGACAUCAUCAGUAAUGAAGAACAAUAUGAAAUUCUGAACAAAUAUGAUGGCCUCUGCUUUGUAGCUGCUCUGGGUUUCAGUUUUGCUCUGACUUCCACAGGCUGGAAUUUGAGAUUCCUCAUCUUUCAAAGUGUUCAGCUAUUAACAGCAUCUUGAAACGCUGACUCGGCAUGGCAGUGUGACUUGCUCUAGUGACUGUAAGAUUGUACCAUUUCAGGCAUGAAUUUUCCUCAGAGCAGCCAAAAUCUAAGUCAUGUUCAGAUACAUUUUGGACUGGCAUUGUAAACAACUUACACAUUUGGGGAAAGCUUUGAUGUGUGUUGGAAAUGUCUUUCUGAACCUGUAGCUUUUGUUCCAUGUGCAUGUGUGACACCAUGCCUGAAAUACUCAUUCCCACUUAAUUUACUGUGUCGUGAUGUUUACAAAGGGGUAAAAGUGCACUAACACAAUCUGACAUAAUUUUUUUUUCACAUAGAUAAAUGUGGAAAAUGGUGAAGGGAAGCCCCACACCUUCUAUCCAAAUCCAGGGCUUAUUUGAACAAAUGUUUGUCUUUGUAUUGUAAAUGUAUUUAUGUAUAUUUUGAUAAAGAGGUUGUUAAUAACUCUAAAUGCACCGUUGUUGAUCUACACUCUAUGUGCACAAAGAAAUUUUGUGACAGCGAGAUUGGGGUUCUGGGAUUUAAAGGGUGAGUCUCUGGGGAGGCCAAACUUAUGAUGUCUGUCUGAGUUUCAGAGCUUCCCAUUACAACCAGUAUGGGCGUUAUGCACUUCAAACUUUCCUGCAGGAGAGAUGGCUUUCAAAGUCUGUCUGUCCAUGGCUGUUUUGGGCUAUUUUACACUCUUCCGCUAACCCCUUUUGUUCAAAUUAUUUCACAAGUUUCAACUCUGUUGUAAUGCAAAAAAACAAAAAAAAUGUCUGAAUCUUGUGACAUUGUAGUGCUUAAGAGUGGAAAGUCAGCAUUCGGUCUAAUUACUGAAGGGGUUUGCAUUUUUGUGGUCUGUCAAAUUUGUUUACAAUGAAGAAACUUGCUAUAUAUAUAUAGGAACUUUUUUUUUAUAUCCUGUGUUUCUAUAUGAAGGCGCUACCCUUUGAUACAGUGGCAGAAAACUACCCUGGUAUUUGCAUAACUUUUCCGGGAUUGUCCUUCAGAGCAAACUGGCAGAUUGUCCACAUGUGUGCAUGCGUUCUGUUGUUGGCCUUUCUGUUCAGUGCAUGCUGCAUGACACGAGCACACACAUUGAAUACAUGGCUGCAUGGUAUACAGGCCUCUGUGCCCCCAGCUGUUCUCCUGCAGAUUGUGCACCAAAUAAAGUUUGU